GCGAUGCUACUGAUGCAGCAGACCUGCAGGUCGUCGCCAACGCGGUGAUCAUGCCCAGCUUCUCCGACGACAGCCCUGCCCCCAUGGCGCCAGUGGCAGCUCAGAACGUGCUGCAGUCGCUCUUCCAGCGCCAGACCGCGACAGGCAGCCAGGACGCGCCAAAGGCGGGAGACGCUGUCGAGGUCGCGCCAGCAGAAUCCCUGAGCGACGCCCAGCCCGAGGCAGCCGAGGAGGCGACAAAGCCUGGCAAAGAGGCAGCAGGGGGCGCCCUGCCUGACAAAGAGGAGGACGUGCCAGUGGAGGCUGAGGAGGAGGCGGGCGAGGAGGCUGAAGAUGAGGACGUGCCAGUGGAGCAGCUGUCGGACGACGACAAGAGGGAGGAAGAGGUUGAGGCCCUGCUCUCGCAGGGCGACCCGAGGUGCUCCAUGUGCAAGAAGGAAACGAAUCCGCUUGCGCAGGGUUGUAAGAUCACCCAUGGCGGCACGGUCAUCACGUGUGCCGCGUGCAGGGUGCGCGACCAAACACUUCGACGGAUUUUCGGCGGGUGGCCGAUUGCGGAGUUCGACGAGCUCACCGCGGAGGAGCAGGAUCACUUCUACCAGAAUUGCGGGUCAGCAGCUGCUGCUUGCCGCGACGCGAUGAAGGGGAUGCUGAUGAAUGUGCGCAUGAAGCGCAUCACGGAGACCCACGCUGGGCAAUUCUUGCCCUUGUCUGUGUACGAGAAGCUGGGAUACAACACGAAAGAUAUUGAGGAGAAAACGCAGGCUGCUGACAUCGAGGAUCAUCCAGUUCUCGGGAAGACGUACCGGGUUCAGAUCCACGAGAUCUCGGGGGCCAGGAUCAAGGAGGUCAUCAUGCAGGAGAUAGCUAGAAAAGUUGGCAGCAAUCGCAAGCGCAGAGCGUCAGCCUUCCUGGAGGCUGCCGAGGAGCUUGCGGCCAAGCGCAAGGCGAAGCUCGCAGCAGAGAAGAAGGCGGCCCGCGAGGCUGAGAAGAUUCAGAAAACCAUGGACAGGGAGAUGGCCAAAGAGGAGGCAGCCCGCAAAAGGCAGGAACAGAAGAAGCGCACCAAGGGCUUGCAGACCGUUAACAAGGCGCUGUUGGCGGUGAAGCCAUUGCUGAAGAAGACGGGGGAUCUUCUGCGCGAUGAGCGCGCGAAGAAGGCGACGGAGUCAGAUCGGAUCUGA